CGUCCUUAAAAGUGGAAACCAUGCUGCCUGAAGCAUUUAACUACAGUUCUCUUUCUGUCUUCUGAAUCUUCUUCCUUCACUUCUCACUCAAAUAGAUAAACAGACAGGCAGAGACAGAGAGAGGCAAAGAGAGAGAGAGAGGAUAUGGCUGAGCCUCUCCUCUCUGCCCGCUUGUUUGUACUGGUGGAGCACCUCUUUCUGUUGCAUCAUAUCCAUGCAGGGGCAUUUUAUGGGCACCAACCACUGCCCCAACAGCACCAACCUCUGCCACAGUUACCUCACCUGCUGCAUGGCAAUGAGGGAAUACCCCAACACCAUUACCAUGGGAAGGAAAUGCCACACAUGCCAUAUGAAAAUGAGAUGCCUUUGCCUCCACAUUAUGGAAAAGAACGUCCACAGAUACCCAUGCACAUGGGUAAACCCAAUUUAGGAAAAGGUGAAACUAUUCCAAGAGGAGAGAAAGGUGUCACUGGCGAAGCUGGUCCAAUGGGGCCUCCAGGGCCUCAGGGCCCCCCAGGACUUCCUGGUCAUGGCAUCCCAGGACCUCCUGGAAAACCUGGUCCCCAAGGUCCACCAGGAUUCCCUGGGAUUGGAAAACCAGGAAUGCCAGGAUUGCCAGGAAAACCUGGGGGCAUAGGUUUACCAGGACCAAAGGGUGAAUUAGGACCAAUUGGUGGUGGAGGGCCGAUAGGAUUGCCGGGACCUCCAGGUCUUCCAGGACCCCAUGGCUUACCAGGAGUGGGAAAAAUAGGUGGACAAGGACUUCCAGGACAACCUGGGCCCCGUGGAGAACCUGGAGAUAAGGGCCUUCCUGGGCUCCCUGGCAUCCCAGGGCUAAAAGGUGAAAAUGGAAUUGGUCUCCCAGGACUGCCGGGUGUAAAGGGACCUUCUGGACUUCCAGGGCCACCAGGACAAGGAGGGCUACCAGGUGUUGGCAAGCCAGGACUGAAUGGACUACCUGGGGCUCCUGGAUGGCCAGGUAAGCCUGGUGCACCUGGAGAACCUGGACUGGCAGGAUUUCCAGGGGACAGAGGGCAAACAGGGCCACCAGGACUAGCAGGUUUUGGUAAACCUGGUUUGGAUGGGUUGCCAGGGAAACCAGGUCUCCAAGGUGGAAGAGGUCAGCCAGGUCCCCCUGGUUUACCUGGGGGUCCAGGUUUGCCUGGAUUUGGCAAGCCUGGAUAUCCUGGCCCCAAAGGUGAAAAAGGGUAUAGUGGGUUGCCUGGCCCUCAAGGCCCAAAAGGUGAGAAGGGUCAUGGUGGUCUUCCUGGAAUGAUUGGACCACCAGGUCCAAGUGGCCUCCCGGGUCCUCCAGGUCUCUUGGGACCUCCUGGAGGCAUUGGUUUCCCUGGUCCAAAGGGAGAGGGAGGUUCAGUAGGACCAAAGGGACAAUUAGGUCCAAAAGGUGAACCAGGACCUGCAGGACUUCCAGGAAAAUCAGGAUUUCCAGGAGGAUUCGGGCAGCCAGGACCUAGAGGCUUACCUGGUUCGUUGGGGCCUAAGGGUGAAAACGGACACAAAGGCUUACCUGGCCUACCUGGAGCCCCUGGAAAGCCUGGUGCAAAAGGAGAAGGUGGAUUUCCAGGAGAGAUAGGUCAUCCAGGGCCUAUGGGGAUCCCAGGAUUAAAGGGUCCAGCAGGACCAAUUGGACCACCUGGUCUCCCAGGGCCAAAAGGGGAAUAUGGGCCACCAGGAAAACCUGGACCACCAGGCGAGGGAAAACCAGGACUUCAAGGCCCAUUAGGUCCUCCUGGUAUACCUGGGCCUGGUGGGCCCACUGGUCAGCCUGGAAGACCUGGUCUUCCUGGCCCUCCUGGGCCACCUGGGCCUCCUGCUCAGUUUCCUGUUGCUGAGCAAAUCCUUCCUGAGACAGGUCCUGGGCUAGAUGGAAUCAAAGGUGGUUAUAAGAAAGAAAAGCCUGGUGGAGCUAUAUUUCAUAGGAAUGGCCUAGAGAUGCCUGCAUUUACUGCUCAGCUAACAACACCAUUUCCUUCAGUUGGGCAACCUGUUGUCUUCAACAAGCUUCUACAUAAUGGAAACCAGAAUUACAACCCUCAAACAGGCAUCUUCACUUGCAAAAUACCUGGAAUUUACUACUUUGCCUACCAUGUUCACUGCAAAGGGGGAAAUGUAUGGGUGGCCUUGUACAGGAACAGUGAGCCAGUUAUGUACACAUAUGAUGAAUACAAAAAAAGUUACCUGGAUCAGGCAUCAGGGAGUGCAGUGCUGCCUUUACAAACUGGAGAUACUGUACAUGUCCAGCUACCAUCAGACCAAGCUGCAGGACUUUAUGCUGGUCCAUACAUCCACUCAUCAUUUUCUGGGUAUUUAUUAUAUCCUAUCUGAAUAUGUGAAAAGUGUCCCCCAUGACCUAACAGUAAAUAAAUAAAUAAAAAAUAAAUCAAUCAAUAUUAGACCUUUCAAACAUCAACUGUGGAUGUGCCAAUAGUGAAGAGACGUGUUAAAAAAUGUAAGAAUUGAAGGGACAAUUUUUCAAUUAACUUUUUUUUUUCUCCAGAACUAGCUGGUCAGGGCACGCAUUUACAAACUAACAAAGUUCAUUCAAUUUGUUAAGGAAUAGGUCCUUUUUGUAUGAGGUGAUGAAAAGGUAGAUCCAGUGUUGUGUAUUAUAUCUUGACAUUUUGUGCUACAGUGGAAAUAUAACUUCAUAUACAGUAUAUCGGUAGUGAGAUAAUUUUGAAUAUACAUUUUAAGCAUACACAUUAUUACAUGUCUUACAGUAUUCAGUAUUCCAUCAAUAUGGAUCUAGCACUUUGAGAGAACUCAUAUUACAUUAUUUAUUUUUGCAUAUUUCCUAUUGUUUGGUAGUCUAUAAGUUAUGUAUAGCUGUGGUCACACUGACUACAUAUCAGUGUACAAUGAUGAAAUACUCAGAUUGUCAGAAAUUGAGAAUGUUUUGUUGGCUAGAUGUUCGAUAUGCACUUUUCUUCUGCUGUUGUAGUAGUUUCUCAUUAUACCAUCUCAAUGAACUUCAAGAGAGCACAUAAGUUUUUGUUUAUUUUAUUAGCUUUAAAGGGAUAUUUCACCCAAAAAUUAAAAUUGUCUCAUCAUUUACUCACCCUCAUGCCAUCCCAGAUGUGUAUGACUUUCUUUCUUCAGCAGAACACAAACUAAUAUCUCAACUCUGUAGGUCCAUACAAUGCAAUUGAAUGGUGAUCAGACCUCUGUAGCUCCACAAAUCACAUAAAUUAAACAUAGAAGUAAUCCAUAAGACUCCAGUGGUUAAAUCCAUAUCUUCAGAAGCGAUAUAAUAGGUGUGGGUGAGAAACAGAUCAAAAUGUAAGUCUUUUUUUUCUUUUUUUCUGUAAAUCUCCACUUUCACUUUUACAUCUGAAAGUCACAUGUGGUGCCUGUUUAAUUUCACUUUCACAUCUGAAAGUAAUAGUUAAAGUGGAGAUUUAGAGUAAAAAAGGACCUAUUAUAUACUGUCUGAAGAUAUGUAUUUAAACACUGGAGUCUUAUGGAUUACUUUCAUGUUUCCUUUAUGUGACUUUUGUAGCUACAAAGGUCUGAUCACCAUUCACUUGCAUUGUGAGUGCUUACAAAGCUGAAAUAUUAUUCUAAAAAUCUUCCUUUGUGUUCUGCAGAAGAAAGUCAUACACAUCUGGGAUGGCAUGAGGGUGAGUAAAUGAUGAGAGAAUGUUCAUUUUUGGGUGAACUAUUAUAAUUUUACCCAACAGUAAAACAGUAAAAUCAAAAUGUUCUGAACCUAAAAUUUUGGUUCUUUCACACUGAUUUAAAUAGACUAGGUCAUUGUUUAUUAAUGUUUAUCAAACCAAAGGAUAUUUGAUGUUAAUGUGUACAAUAUCACCAUUUAUAGUUGACAGGCAAAUUUUGUUCAAACACAUGAACACUAAAUUUAAAUCAAGCAGUCUUUGAUAUUUGAUCUUAAAAUGUUUGAUCCUAAAGUUCUCUGUAAUUUAUUUUUUUAGAUUUACUACUGAAUGCCUAAAUUUGUAUAUGUGCAAAAAGAUGGUGGUGGGGCACAAAAAGAAGGAAUGUAUUCUGUUUUUUAUUUCUGACAAUGGUGCUUAAUUAUUAAAUGAAUACUGAUUAAAGUUA